GCCUGAGACAUACCCACUCUAAUGUCUUGUAGGAAAACGGGCAUCUUUGAGAUAUGCUGAAUCUGCUGCUGUACCUACUGUACCUGUGUACUCUGCUCAAGUACACAACUGCAGUUGCAGAGCUCAGUGACUGUACAGCUGCAGGGAGUAUAUGCCACACUAAUGCAGACUGCUUCAAAACACGUGAUGAUAAGUUUGUCUGCAUGUGCCAAAUGGGGUACAGGGGUACAGGAGUACAAUGCCAGGACAUUGAUGAGUGUACUACUGGUCUACACAGCUGCCAUGCAAAAGCAGUCUGCACUAACACUCUUGGUAGUUAUACCUGUUCAUGUCAAAAUGGGUAUUUUGGCGAUGGAUUUCAAUGUCAAGAUAUCAAUGAGUGUCAAACUAAUAAUGGUGACUGCCAUGUCAAUGCAUUUUGCACCAACAAAGAUGGAGGAAGAGACUGCAGCUGCAAGUCUGGUUUCAGUGGAAAUGGAUUUCAGUGUACGGAUGAUAAUGAGUGUGCAAGACCAGGAAUCUGCCACUGGAAUGCUACUUGCACCAACAACCCUGGCUCCUACAUGUGCACAUGCAACCCUGGCUAUAAAGGCAAUGGAAAUUAUCUCUGCCUAGAUGUCGAUGAGUGUUCAGAGACACCUGGUGUUUGCUCUGCUUUCUUUGGAUACAAAGGUUGCAAGAACCUGCAAGGAACCUACACCUGCCUCUGUAACAGUGGCUAUCAAAGCAACGGACAGACAUGUGUGGACAUCAAUGAAUGUGAAAUCAACUUCUGCAGCCCAUUUGCUGAUUGUACUAACUUGCCAGGCUCAUAUCGAUGUACCUGUCCUGAAGGAUUUAAUGGAAAUGGCUUAGCUUGUGUAGACAUUAAUGAGUGUGAUAGAAAGAACAGCUGUGACCCCAAUGCAUUAUGUACAAAUCUGCUCGGAAGCUACAAAUGUUCCUGCCGCUCUGGGUUCCUGGGCAUUGGUACAAAAUGCACUGACAUUAAUGAAUGUGCUACUGCUAACAUUUGCCCAGCCGUUGCUGCAUGUGUCAACACAGCAGGUUCAUUCUUCUGUGACUGUGGUCAAGGCUAUAACUUUAGUCAAAAUCAGUGUGUAGAUUUGGAUGAAUGUGCCAUAGGACUUUGCAGUCCUUAUGCUUCUUGUGAAAAUAUGCCUGGUUCAUACAAAUGCUCAUGCAUAGCUGGUUUUAAAGGUGAUGGGCUUGUAUGCGAAGACGUGGAUGAGUGCGUCACAGAAAAGCGGUGCCAUGUUAAUGCACUCUGUAUAAAUUUACCAGGGAAAUACAACUGCAGCUGUAUGGUGGGAUAUACAGGGAAUGGUGUGUUGCAGUGCACAGAUGUAAAUGAGUGUCUUGUUGAAAAUGGUGGCUGCAAAAACCGAGCAACAUGUUCCAACAGUAAGGGGUCUUUCUCUUGCAUUUGCCCCUCAGGCUUUCGGUUAGUCAAUCAUACCACCUGUCAGGACAUCGAUGAAUGCCAGCUUCCUGAAAAGGUUUGUGGCACCAAUGAGCAGUGCACAAACCUGGAAGGAUCAUAUUCAUGCCAGUGUAAAGCAGGCUUCAGUCGAAUCAUUGAUGACUUCUGCUCUGAUAUUGAUGAAUGUGAACUUCAGAAACCUUGUCAUCAAAAUGCCACAUGCUUGAAUUUGGCAGGCUCCUAUUCAUGUACCUGCAAAAGUGGCUUCAAGGGAAAUGGUGUAACAUGUGAAGACAUAAAUGAAUGUGCACUUGGUGGUAUAUGCCAUCUACAUGCUAAUUGCUACAAUUAUAUUGGUGAAUUCUUGUGUAAAUGUCAUCAGGGUUUUAUAGGUGAUGGUUUCACCUGUACAGAUGUAGAUGAAUGUGUUGUUUCAAAUGCUACUUGUCCAGGAAUCUCUGUAUGUGUCAAUUCCUUGGGAGCAUAUGUCUGUUCAUGUCUGAAUGGGACAGUAGCAUACAACAACACCUGUGUCUUCCCUAGUCUUGAAUGUGAUCCUGCCUGCCAUCCACAUGGACUCUGUCAUCCUUCACCUUCUGGCUAUCAAUGUGUGUGUGAUGUGGGAUUCAAAGGGGAUGGACUUACUUGCUCAGACAUUGAUGAAUGUGAAGAGAAUGUGUGCCUAAUGAAAGAGACACAGUGUGUCAAUAAUCCAGGAUCCUUUGAAUGCAUAUGCAAAAAGGGUUACUCUUUCAAUGGAACAAAAUGCACGGAUUUGGAUGAAUGUGAAUCUGGAGUCAGCAACUGCAGCAAGUUUGCACAGUGUGUCAAUACAGUUGGGAGUCACCUUUGUUUCUGUCUCAGUGGCUUCACUGGUGAUGGAAAAAACUGUUCUGAAAGUGACCUGUAUCCAUUUGGAGAUGAAGCAGGUGAUGCCAAGUUGACAAUAACAACGGCAGAUGGAAUUUCUCCAUACAUCUUUCUUCCUACAGGCUUCCUAUUCAUGGGCAAACAAUAUGAACGGCUAUUAUUUUCAGAUAAUGGCCUGGUGCAGUUUCAGUCAGUCAAUGAGAAUGAGAAACUGUUGCUCCCUGCUCCAAUCCCAAAGGGGUUUCAUGGUAAUGAAAGCCUGCCUUUGUUGGCAGUGUUCUGGGAUGAUGCAGACCUUACACUUGGUGACGGAAAACUGCUGUACCAGGAAUACAGUUUCCUCAAUAUACCUGAUAUCUAUGCUGUGACAGUGUUUCACAGAACAGCACAAGACGUUAGCAGAUUUGAGUCUCAAAGGGGUAAACCCCCGUUUACUCCCAUCUGGAUACUAAAAAUCACAUGGGAUCAUGUUUUACCUGUAUCCUAUCAAAAGAUCAACUUGUCUGAGACCAACACUUUCCAGUGCAUUUUGACCACAGAUGGAUUACGUUCAAUUGCUCUGCUUCGCUACAGUGACAUGAACUGGGGUCCAGGACAAAGGACCCAUCAUGAUGCUCUUAUAGGCUACACAGAUGGCAAAAACAACUUCCAUAAUGAGAUUCCAAAUCCGCCAAACAACUUGUUUGACUCGGGGAGGGCGAUAUCGUCCUCAAACUGUGACAGAUCCACAGAGGCAAUGCCAGUUAUGGGCUUCAGUGAGCCAGAUCCCAAAGAAUGGGCAUUAGGAAUUGGCACCAUGUCCCUGUACCCGUGUACAGGCACAGGAGGAUCUGACCUUUGGGCCUGA